GUUAACAUGGAUUUUGCUGGAUAAAAUUCAAGUCUUAGUUAGAAAUCUAAAUCUUUCGUAACCUUAUCGAAACGAGGCUUAGAUUUAUAGAUCCCACAAUGUAUUCCGAUCCCGCCCAGGAGUCAGUUGCGACGCAGACGGAGGCCCAGCCGAAUCCGAAGCCCGUCUGCACGCCACUGCUCAUGGUGGACGAGGAUGGUCGGAAGCGGUACUGCUACCAUGGUGGAAAGUGCAAGUGCGCCACUUGCGUCAAAAUCCGGGAAGAGCAGGCAGUUAAACUGGACAAGGAACUAUUGUCCUACAUCCCUCAUACAAAACUGCAUCUUGAAGUUCCCAUCCGAAUGGCGAAACCAAAGCAGUACCGCCUGGAAGCCAGUCGAACAGCUCCUUGGAUAGCCACAUGGCUACGAGAGGAUCACGAGAGGCUGAGAGCUGAGUACCCUACGUACUACCUUCCGGAUAGGUACUUCAGCGCCAACUUCUACAUGUUGCCUGGGCCUCAGCACAAGGAGACACAGACUGACAUCCCGAUUGGUCGUUACGGCAUCGAUGGUUGUCCAUGUCCCAAUAAGUCACUUUGCUACGAUUUGUAAUUGUAAUCCUGGGCAGGUUUUUGCAGUGUGGGAUAAAUAAAAGUGGGUGGUGUAAGAAUA